UUCAUUUGAAUAUAAACCCAUCCAUUGCAUGUUGACGUGUCCGUAUAAUCAGUUCUGAUUGGUCUUCAAGUGGACCCGCCAGUAUAGGAAAUGAAGAUAGUGAUUGGCGGGCAGGUCAAUUGCGCCAGAAUUAAAAAGACCACAGCGCAGGUAGUUUAGACAGAGUUCUCAAAGAAAAGCAUAUAUAUAGAUUUUAUUACUUUUCAGUUAAAUACAUUUUAAACUUUUAUCGUCAUGUCCACUCCACCAAAAAGAAUGUGUGUCAGCCCGUCUUUCGACAGCAGCUUUGAGAAGAGGGGAAAGAAAAUUUCCAUUGAGGGGAAUAUUGCGGCUGGCAAGUCUACGUUUGUGCGGAUGCUGGAGAAAGCUUCUAAUGAAUGGGAGGUCACUCCCGAACCUAUAGCCAAGUGGUGCAAUGUGCAAACCACUGAGAAUGCCUAUGAGGAGCUCUCCACAUCUCAGAAGAGCGGUGGCAACCUCCUCCAGAUGCUGUAUGACAAGCCUAGCCGCUGGGCCUACACUUUCCAGACCUACGCCUCCCUGAGCCGGGUGCGUUCCCAGCUCCAGCCCAUCUCCCAGAAGCUGCGUGAGGCCGAGCAUCCCGUGCAGUUCUACGAGAGAUCUGUGUACAGCGACAGGUAUGUGUUUGCCUCCAGCCUGUUUGAGUCAGGAGACCUGAAUGAAACGGAAUGGGCGAUCUACCAGGACUGGCACAGCUGGCUGCUGAAGCAGUACGAGUCUCAGAUCGAGCUGGACGGGAUGAUCUACCUGCGAGCAGAACCACAGAAAUGUAUGAAGAGGCUUCAUUUGAGAGGGCGUGAGGAGGAGCAAGGCAUUGAGCUGGAGUACCUGGAGAAACUCCACUACAAGCAUGAGUGCUGGCUGUACAACAGGACCACUCAGGUGGACUUUGAAUACUUGAAAGAUCUCCCAGUGCUGGUGCUCGAUGUUAAUGAUGACUUCAAAAAUGACAAGAUUAAACAAGAGUCCAUUUUAGACAAGGUUAAAGAGUUCAUGAGUUCAUUGUAAGAAUGACUGAAUGCUGGACUGCCAUGGAACUUCACACUGAUAUUUUGGGUGCCAGCACUGCAGGAUAUGCCUCAUGCAACGAUGAUUUUAUUUCAGGAACAUAAUUCUCCAAUCCUGUACUUCUGGUGGACCUCUAAAUAAGCACUGGCUUCUGAAGACAGACAGCCAGACCUUUGGUGGACAAUUCCAUAAACUCUUACAUUGGCCAGUCUGGCUCCUUGAAUGUUGUGCUGUGCUUUUUUCUCGAUUCCUGAGUUUUAGAGUUAAUAACUUUCUAUUUAACAUUUUACAUUUAUAUAUAUAUAUAUAUAGCUUUAAUUUUGUUAGUUUAACAUUAUCCUAUAUUAGACAGACAAUUGUAAAGGUGAAUUUGAAUUUUUACAUGGUAUUAGUUAAAGUGCAUGGCUGUCUCCUUGCUGAUAAGGUACCCUGCCAAAACAGAAUGCAGCCAGCUUUGUAAACAUGCCAGUCGUAUGAAAAGGUAAGAUUGGUGCUGGAAGAAGAACCGAAGCGUGAAGCUUCUAGUUGUUUGAGUUAUUGCAAAGGAAAUGAAUUGCACACAUUUUGAAUGUUUUGAAAUUUUGUUUUUCUUUUAAAUUUUAUGUUUUAAAAUAUGCUCAAGAUAAACCCUUUGAAGUGUUUUGAUUUUAAAAGAAACAUGAAAGUAAUUGUAUACUAAUUCAAAUGUAGAUAGUCCAUGCAUACCAUCGUUAGAAAACGUGGGCCCCAUUUUCAAAAGAAAUGCAACGACACAGCAGGGGUUGCACAAUUUAUUUUUUUUUGGGUGCAAGGAUAGAGUUGCAAUGAAAAACUCGCUUUGCAUCGGUGCAAGGUUCGGUCAGAACUUUGUGGGCUUUUCUUGACCCACCUCCCAGUUUACAAGUAAGCAGGUAGAAUGACCGCGUGUUGCGUUUCUGACUGCUUUGAGUCGUAAAAGGUUGAUUUUCUUUUUAUUAAAAGCCGGGUUUGUGUAAAAUGUGGCGGGAACACUAUUGUGUUCAGUAUGUAAUUAAUGAUAACAUAUGUGAUUGACACAAUCUGUACUUAAGCACAGCUAGAGCUAUAUCGUAUUACAUCUUCUACAGUUUGGAAUGCUUGAGGGACAAAGUAGAUAACCUGCAAAUAGAGUAUAGCACCAUUGGCUUUUCUUGACCAAUAGUGUGGUCCAGUGGUUAAAGUCCAGGGCUUGUAACCAGUUCACUGAUUCAAAUCCCACACUGCCACCAACUGACUCACUGUGUGUGACCCUGAGCAAGUCACUUAACCUCUUUGUG